UGGGUAACAAAGCAGGCGGGGCAAAGCAAUCAAAGUUAAAAUAUUAUUGCACAGCGUAAAAUAUUCAGUUCGAAUAGUUGUCAUUCGGAAGUCAGAGAUGCCGGCAGUCCACAAAAGACUAAUCAAGCCCUCGGAGGAACCCAAACCUGCGGAAUCCGAGGAGGUCGUCUAUUGCAUCUGCCGCAAGAGCCACGGCGAUGUGUUUAUGAUUGCCUGUGAUAAUUGCAAUGUGUGGUUCCAUGGAGAGUGCAUUGGCGUGGACCCAAAGGAAGGGGACCGAUACGACAAAUACUUCUGCGCCAGCUGUCGCCGCACGAAUCCCCUGCUGAAGCCCACCUUCUACAGCAAUCCACCCAGGCCCACCACGCCGGAGGCGAGAGGGGAUUCCUUUCCAAAAACACCAAGGGUGACUGAUUCGGCCAGUGCCAGACAGAGAACGCCCGCAGUCAAAGCUCAAAAGAAGCGGGAUCUAAAAAGAUACGAAGUUAAAGAUGAGAUAGAUGAGAAACCAGUUGACAUACCAACAGCCGAACCCGAGAAAGCUCCUCAAAAUCCAGUAAAGGAAGCCAAGAAAGCAGAUCAAAAGUCGGUCGCCAAGAAGAUAGAUUCCCAGAAAUCCUAUGUAUCGAAGGCCUCGCAGUGCGAUCUGCUGCGGGAGUUGACCGAGGAGUCUUCGAACCUUUUGGGGAAGUCCGGCAAAAAGGGUGGCCUGUGCUCCAAUUACUGUUGCAGUCAGAUCGCUCGACCCCAGUCUAGAUACUGUAGCGAUGAUUGUGGCACCUUUACCGCGCUGACCAAUGCCUUCACGGUGUUGCCCCCCAUCAAGUCUCUCUUGGGACCUUGGAGUGAUCGAUUCAAACCCAAGGAUAUAUUGCCAGCUGAGUCAGAAAAAAAGAGUGAAAAUGAGAGAAGCAAGCCUUCCAGAAGAAAGUCGCAAUAUCAUAGCCCUAGCAGAUCCAAAGGUCAUAAUAGUUCAGCCAAGAAACCAAAGCUAGAGGAAAUCUCCCAGAAGUCUAAUAAAGAUGCUGAUCCUGAGCCAGCAAAAUCUUCGGGGACUCGGCGAACCGAUAAACCUUCUUCUAAAGAAUCAGAUGCUGCUCCUGCAACAUUUGCUGAAAGACGUUCUAGGAGAUUGAGUACUAGAACUCCCUGUGCAUCGCCCACUAGAACUCUUCGAAACUCAUCCAAAACAGUACCCAAUAGUCCAACAAAUUCAAGAAAAAUGGAUAUACCAAAAACUCCAUCAGCCAAACCAACUAACUCCAAAGGUAAUGCUAAUGGUACUCAGGCGAAACCCCCACUACCAAAAACCCCACAUAUCAGACGAAGUGGUAAGGACACUGGAGAAACUUCCAGCAAAAAAACUAAACCGAAACCUGGGACCACCAGCCAGGGGAUUCCCAGCAAACCAGCUAAUGAGGCGUUAGGUUCUGAGCCAAAAGCAGCAAAUAGUGAAGCCAAAAAAUCAAUAAGCCACGUUGUAUGCCAGGUGGUGCCCAAUAAAAGUGCUUUGUUGGCCAGGAAAGAGAUGAUGAAGAAGCUAGCCAAGUGAUUACCAAGUAUUCAUUGAUAUAAGUUUUACGAAUCCAUGUAUCUUUUAAUCCAAAUAAAUCACUUAGGUGGAGUGUAUUUGGUUAUUUGAAGACCAAAGACCGUAUCCUUCCUGCAUCUGCUAUGAAAUCAAACAA